GGAACACCAGCUGGUCGUGUCUUCCUCGGAAGACAUCAAGCCUCCGCCGGCUGCACAUCUAGGAAAGCCUACCGUCGUCGUAGACGUCAUACCGCCCACGUACACCAGCCCGCCAGUCGCCAAAACCGAAUCUAUCAAAGAGACUCCGGCUAUGUCGACGGGCAGCACGGCGACGAGCAGCGGGAACGACCAGAGCAUCCGGCGCUACCGGACCGCCUUCACCCGCGAGCAGCUGGCGCGGCUCGAGAAGGAGUUCUACAAGGAGAACUACGUGUCCAGGCCACGCCGCUGCGAGCUCGCCUCACAGCUCAACUUACCAGAGUCCACUAUCAAGGUGUGGUUCCAGAACCGGCGCAUGAAGGACAAGCGGCAGCGCAUGGCGAUGGCAUGGCCGUACGCGGUGUACACGGACCCCACGCUGGCGGCGAGCCUGCUGCAGGCGGCCAUGUACGUGCCGUGCCCGCCGUACUACCCACAGCCGCGCUACGCCUACCCGUACCCCAGCCCGAGCCCGAGCCCCAGCCCCGCGCAGCCGCAGCGCCAGGACGACUGCGACGGCUCGCCCAGCUGCAGAUGCGGCAUCGUGAACUGCGUGGCGGCGAGUUCGCUGCCCACGGCGUCGCCGUCGCCUUCGCCGCUUCUGUCGCCGCCGCUGUUCGCGACUGGCGCGGCUGUGGCUGGCGCGGCUGCUGGCGCCGGCUCCACGCAGCUGGCGCGCCAGCCUCCCAAGCUGUUCCAGCCCUACAAGAGUGACGUCACGCCGCACGCCGACCGCGACCGCGACCGCACGUAAGGCGCGGGAACCAGCGCGGCGUCUCGCGGCGCGUGUGUGAUAAGGACACUCAGGGCAGCUUCUCUGGCAAAUUCCUAGACGUAGCUCGGACCUGCUGCUGGAAAAUACUGCCCGCUUGGCUGGUUGAGAGUAUGGUAUUUGUUGUGGACUGCAAAGAUUUUACCGAAGAGUAUUCUACCAAAGCAAUGAUUCGAUUCCUAAUGGACUGUAAUUAUCUGUUGGAAUGACGUCACUGUAGAAGGGUGGUAGCUGAUCGGAACUCAGUUUCAACCAUAAAGGAAAAACGUUCUAUCUGCUUUUUGAGGUUUCCUUCAAGAUUAUAUUUCCAUCGUGGAACCAGUGAGUCAUUUACCCAUUUCCUUUAUUUCUACAGUAUGUACGCUUGCAACAAGGCUCAACAGUCUAACCACAAAGUUUUCCUCUGGAAAGCUGGAGGAUCACAUCUCUGAAGAUGUUGUGCAUCCAUUUUUGUGAAAUUCUCAAUGUAGGAGUCGUAGGUCCAACUGGUCAAAGACGGAACUCGUACGUUAAGUAUAGCAAAAGCGCCCCGCUUACCGAAUUUCGCGUUACUCUGAAGACCCCUUGCACUGAAAUGAGUACUACUGCUGGUCCAACUCGUACGACAGAUGUCAGUCAACGGUUAGAUACAUUCCAGCGUUUCAGUUUCUCUCGAACAUCUAACAUAGGAGUGGCAAUAGAUGGUAUUCUAUGCGCAGCAGCUUCACACUAUAAUAAGUAUUUAAAUCUUCCACAAUUCGGUGGGCUCGGGAAGCGGUAGACGUCUGCUGAAGUGUGAUGAACUGUUGGCAGACUAAUUCUUCAACAGUGCUUUUUGGGCCAUUUUUGAUGCUUAGCAGUUGCCAAUAACGAACACUAAAUGGUUUCCUAGGACAGCAAAAUGUUUGUCCCACUUUGCUCCAGUUUGUUAGAAAGUUGUGCGCGUGUUCAUGAUACAACACUGCUACUGAAAUACGCUUAUUGGAAAGAAAUCUAUGAAAAACAGGUUUCUUGUUGUUCUACUGUCGCUACGAUCCUGUGUGUUAAACUGCCUCGUCUAAACAUAAACCGUGCACAGAAAAAUACGUGGUGUUUUAUCUCCUGCUGAAUGUCUUUCUUACCAUUAGGGAAGCUUUGCUUCGCUAGGCUCACACGGUAUAGUAUUGUGUACCUUCAUGUGGAUUCUUUCUGUUCAAGUUUACCUUACAAAGGACUUCUUCGUAUAAUAGUUCCGUUGAAAUAUAUGUAAGAAUUUGUAACAUAUGUUUAUACGCUUAUAUUUUAUAUGGUAAGCAAGGGGUGAUGAGGAUACAAUCACGCCUAUAUA